UCAUUAUCGCUCUGCACACCCAAAUAUCUCUCUCUUUCUGAUCUGCUAUUUCCUGGAAUAUAAUUUGCACACCCAACCUCAUUAUAUGACUAGUGUGUGCGCUGAGCAGCAGCACAAGUUCCACCCUUCCCACCAGCUCCUCUCAUCCAAGAAGUCUCUCCACAACACCACCAUUGACAUCCCACCCAGAAAGCUCCUCACCCGCCUCACCCAAACCCAAGACUUCCCCUCCUCCUCUCCUGACAUGUACUCCCCCCGCUUCUCCACCGCCGACGAGGCCCUCCUCCGCAAGUUCCUCCCCUACAACGCCGCAGCUGACGACUCCGAUGAAGACGACGCUAACUCUUCCGACCACUUCCGCAUGUUCGAGUUCAAGGUCCGCCGCUGCACCCGCAGCCGCAGCCACGACUGGACCGACUGCCCCUUCGCCCACCCAGGCGAGAAGGCCCGCCGCAGGGAUCCUCGCCGCUACCACUAUUCGGGCACCGUGUGCGCGGACUACCGCCGUGGGUCGUGCAGCCGCGGCGACAGCUGCGAGUUCGCGCACGGAGUGUUCGAGUGUUGGCUCCACCCGGCCAGGUACAGAACCGAGGCUUGCAAAGACGGGAAGCAGUGCAAGAGAAAGGUGUGCUUCUUUGCACACACGCCACGUCAGCUACGGGUUUUGCCAGUUCAAUCUUCGGCAGAUCAUACGGCGGCCGCGCUCUCUCCCACUCCCAAGAAGAAGUACGGCCACCUGAGCAACUCUGUGGGCUCGCCGGGCUCGAACAAGCACUGCUGUCUCUUCUGUCACUCUGCCGUGACGACGUCGUCUCCAACUUCUACUCUGUUGGGUAUGUCCCAUUUGUCGCCACCUCUGUCGCCAGCAGGUAACCACUGCUCGUCGGUGAACGGGUUUCAUAAUUCACCGGUUAUGUCUCGCUGUAGCGGGUUGGGGUUGGGGUUGGAUCAGAUGCAUGCAAGCACGGGCGGAAUGAUGAGCUACAAGGAUGUGCUAGCUGAGCUGAUGAGCUCUUUGGAAGCCGUGAAAUUCAGUGAAGCUGCUGCUGCUUCACCUAUUAACCCAAAUGCGCCGCGGUGGGUUGAUGUUUCAUUCAAUUCCACUGAUGAUCUUGAUCAGCAACAACAGUUUAUUCUUUCGCCGUCUACUCCAAGUCCAAGCAGGCCGUUUGGACGACGUGGGAUUAAUUUUUCGGAUGGGGAUGAAAAUAGCUCAUCGAGAAAAAGCAGUUUGUUGGGUUUUGAUGACAAUUAUUACAAGCUCAACAAUAUUAAUGAUGAGAUGAUCAAUGGAGGAGGAGGGUCUGGAUCUGGCUCCUCAGACCCUGAUCUUGGAUGGGUUAAUGAGCUCUUGAUGUAAAGGAAGACUCUGAUCUGACAGACAUGGCGCUCUGAUGAUUUAUAUUAUGUGCCACUGCCACAGAAUAAAAAGAUGGUGAUCGAUCAAUCCAUCCAUCUGCAAGUGUAUAUAUGUUGCACCAGCCGUAUAUAUAUACGUACAUAUAUGUACGGGAUUGGGCGUAAAUUAUUAUUGCUUUUGAUGUUAUUGUUUGGAAAUUUUAAGCAUUGUUGUUGAUUACUGUGUUUUGUUUUGUGAUGUUUGUUUUGUAAGUUGGAGAGGAAGUUAGAGAACAGGAAUGUGAUGUAUGGAUUUGGGAUUCUUUAAGAGAUUUUAUUUUUUUUGUUUCUUUAUUUUUUGUUUUUCAGUGAGUUAAUUUUAUUUUCUGCAUA